AUGCGAUCCGACGAGGCGAUUUUCGACGAGAUCAUCAAGGAUGGCUCAAUGGAUAUCUCCGAGUGGCCAGAGCUUCUGAAGCGCCUUCUGACCCGUCUGGAACACAUCGCCCACAACUCCUUCCCGACGCCCCCGCCAGCGCCUAACCCCGCCGCGCCCAGCACCAUCCCCGCCUCCAACCCCUCCACGCAGUCCACCGCGCCCGACGCCUCCGACCCCUCUGAGACCCCCGCCGAGGCCCCCACCGGCCCCCCCAGCAACGACACCACCGAUGCCCCCACCGCAGCCGCCACCUCUACCUCCCCCAUGGCGCCUCCGCCCCCAUCCGAUGCCCCCACAACCCUCCCCCCCACCAGCGGCAACACCUCCCCCAUGUCCCCCGACGACCUCACAACCCUCACGCACCUCACCACGAUCCUCACCACCAGCUUCGACACCGCGCCCCCUUACACCAUCCAGCGCCUCGCCGAGCUGCUGCGCAACCCCACCGCGCACUACCGCUCCCUCACCAAGUACCUGCGCGCACUGACACGCGUGCUCUCCGUCUCCUCGGCCGCCACCGUCUUCCCGCUCGAAGACACCGCGGCGCCCGCGGCGCCCAACGGCGCGGCGUUCAUGCUCGGCAGCGACGAGUCGCUGGGCGGCGCGCUGCUGUCGCCUAUACCCUGGCUGACGCCCACCGCGCUGUCGGACGAGACGGCGGCCGUGUCGCAGGGGGAGCUGAUGCGCGCGGAGCAGGAGUUGGGGAUUGUUGCGGAGGGGGCGGCGGGGGAGGUGGCGGCGCCGCCGCCGUUGGGGCCCGAGGAUGUGGGGCCGCAGCCGGAGGGGACGGUGUUUGAGGAUCCGCCUGGGGUCGAGGAGAUGGGGAGGGUGGAGGAGAUGAGGGAUGCGAGUGUGGAGAGGGAGGAGAGGGGGGAGGAGAGUCUGGAGGAUAAGAUGCAGUUGGAUGCGGCGGCGGAUGGGAAGGAGGAGGAGGAGGCGAGGAAGGAGAGGGAGAAGGAGAAGGGCGGGGAGAAGGAGGGGGAGGGGGAGGGGGUCAAGGAUGAGAAGAUGGCGGAGGCGUAG